GCCGCCGCUCCGGCCGCGGCCCGGCAUGUCGGCGCUGGAGUGGUUCGCGCACAAGUCGCUCGGCGGCGGGAUCUACUGGAUCCAGGAGCGCUUCUACGAGUCGGGCAACCGGGCCAACAUCUGGCUGGUGCGCGGCUCGCAGCGCGACGUGGUCAUCGACACCGGGCUGGGGCUGCGCAGCCUGCCGGACUACCUGCAGGCGGCCGGGCUGCUGGCGGCGCCGCCGCCCGGGGCCGGGGCCGGGGCCGGGGCCGGGGCCGGGGCCGGGGCGGGGGCGGGCGCGGGCGGCGGGGGCCGGCGGCCGCUGCUGGCCGUGGCCACGCACGUGCACUUCGACCACUCGGGCGGGCUGCACCAGUUCGAGGAGGUGGCGGUGCACAGCGCCGAGGCCGGGGCGCUGCUCCGCGGCGACAACUACGAGGCCGUGACGUGGCUGUCGGACGGCGAGGUGGCGCGGCCGCCGCGGCCCGGCUGGCGCGCCCGGCACUUCCGCGUGCCGCCCGUGCGGCCCACGCGCAUCCUGCAGGAGGGGGACGUGAUCAGCCUUGGAGACCGACAGCUUACUGUCAUGCACAUGCCUGGCCAUUCAAGAGGAAGUAUUUGCUUACAUGACAAAGACCGGAAGAUUCUGUUCAGUGGAGAUGUUGUGUAUGAUGGAUCCAUGAUUGACUGGCUUCCCUACAGCAGAAUAAACGACUAUGUUGCAACCUGCCAGCGUCUCAUAGAGCUAGUGGACAGAGGUCUUGUGGAGAAGGUACUACCUGGGCAUUUUAACACGUUUGGAGCAGAAAGGCUGUAUCGUUUAGCUUCCAACUACAUUGCACAAGCUGGAGUUUGUCACAGAGUUUCUACUUGUGCCAUGAGAUCCAUUGCAAGCAUAGCACUUCGUAUUACAAAUUCUAGAAACACCUCUUAGUGAUAGUGCACUUUGUGUGAUUUAUUGUUGUUGAGAAACCAAAUGGCUUGUGAAAGCAUUGAUACGUGCAAAAGCAGUAUGCAUUAGUAAAGUGUUGGCAAAUUGGUAUGGAUGAGCUGUAAAAAUUCUCCUUAUUUUUGCCUAUAUUAUUCCUAUUUUUUAAAAAAAUACAUAAGCUAGUAGCUUAGCUGAAGCUACCAUUUUUCUUUCUAUUUUUUCAGGGCAUGUUUGCACUCAUAUUGUGAUUGCCAUUUGACUGCAAUUUGAAAUACAUUGCUUUAUUUUUGAUAUGAUUCUGAAGAUACAUAUGAUAUGCCAAAUUGAAAGGUUUUACAUGCCUGAAGCUCAUGCCUGAAACUUUUUUGAUGCAGCAUAAUGGUAAAUAAACACAAAUAAAAAAAAUUAUUUGUGUUUAAAAGUAUUUUUAUGUGGCUGGAUUAUAACAUGGCUGUUAAUGCUCUGUAGUGGGGGAGAAGGAUGGAGGGUAUUACAUUCCAUUGUCCUACUGCAGAUACUGGAUUAAACAUCUUGUACACUUGUUACUAUGGAGUGAAUGUAACUUGAACUGUUUUCUGUUCGCUUAUGAAGUGUUCUGGUACUUACCUUGUUACAAAAUGUAAAGUGAAUUGCAUUUGAGUCUGUUCCAAAAAAAGUUGAGUACACUCAAAAAUGUUAAAUGACAUUGUACCUUCCUUAUUGAGAUGGAAGUGUGAUAUUUAAAAGUUGUAGAAAUGGUUAAAAGUUGUGUGUUUAUACUAAUGGUUUAUAUAUUUAACUUCUGUAAAAGGACACUGUCUGAUCAGUUAUUUUUGUAUAUAAACAUAUAUACUUUCCUAACAAGAUUGUUUUUUCUCAUAACAUUUAUCCCAAACUUCAGUGGAGUUUAAUCUUACUUGUUUGGCUUUCACUUUAUGUGGAAGCAUUUCUUUUCCUCUGAUGAUACCAAGCAGAAAUCAAGCCCAAAUUAUGGCACAGAGGGUGGAAACUGGAGUCCUUCUUAAUAGGUUAAAUUCUGGUGAGAGAAAAAAAAAAUAGCCUACUUUGGAAACCACUUGCGAAAUAAAAAGCAUUUUUGAUCAACAUUUAUGAAAGAGAAGAUCUUACAUAAUAUUUUUCUUCUCUUUUCAUAGCUGACUGCACUCCUGUCUUUCCUAAUUGACUAUUCCUUCACCAAAAGUACGACUGAUAGGAUGUGACAACCAUAGCUCGUGUUAGCAGUGUCUCUUUCCCAUUACAGACUGAAGCAAAAUUUUAAGUAGGCAGACAGAUGCAACAAUGUGGUACUUGGAAGACAGGUUAUCUCUUGGAUCAUAGUUUCUCUUUUAGAGAAAUCAUAAGUAUUUUAGGGUAUUGUAUGAUGAAUGUUUAAUUAUUGGAUAGUAUUGUCACAAAUGAAGCUAAGAACUAUUUAUAUUGGUCUUCUGUGGCCAGAGGAAAACAUAUAGUUAGUCUGGGAAGGAAGAAGUCAUUCAGUGAAGAAGCACAGAAGAAUUUUACAUUGUGGUUUUCCUUCUUUCCCUGCUGACACUUACUGUAUUUAUGUAGCAAUCUAGAAUUAUUCUUGAUGGGCAAUGUGCAGAUCUGUGGUGGGAAUUAGGAAGUUCAGAAUGGCUGAAGAAACACAUGGCGCAUGACUGAAGCUUACACCGGUUUUCUGGAUGAGACUGUGGUGUUACAACAUACCCAGCAAUAACAUUUGAUUGAAUUCCUUCAGAUUAACCACCUGUAGCGUAAUACUGAUACGUAUCUUUAUGUUUUUAUGAAGGCUGCAGCAGUACUGGUGAUAUGCACUUUAGAGUAAUGCAAACAAAGAGAUACCUAUUCUUUCAUAAAGCCCACCAAUAUUGAACUUAAGCUGCUAAAUUUUUUUACAAGUGUUUAUUAGUCAAAUGAGAUCACGUUAAGUUAGUUUUGUGUUUACACUUCUGUUGUAUUUGAUAUUAGGAGCCCUGAAACCAAAUCUUACUGUAUUGUGAAGCCUGAGCUCCUAACAGGAGGCUCACAUGCAUGUCAAUUCAAAAGGAAAGAUACUGUCUAUCACUUGUGUUUAAAUCUGUGCUCAGUAUCAGCUACAAGAUCCCUAAAUGUUCAGAUCACUGGCAAAAUCCCAUGUUAAACCAUUCUUAAGCCCAUGAAGUCUAUGUAGAUAACAGCAAUUGUCAAUUUUUUUCCUUGACAAAAAUCUAUGGAAUAUUUCCUAAAUCAGAAGUGAACUUAAUGUGAACACAGCCUGGAAUGGUGUGUGUUUGUAAACUGCUGCUAUAAUCCAGUUGAAAGUAGUUGUUGUGGGUCUUAAAAUUAUUUUUGUAUUAUAAGAAAUUCAAUACUAGGUAAAUGACAUGUCUUAAAUAUAAAGUAACUAGCUCUGACUAUUUUUGUUAAUAACUACCAAGUUUUAGUCAUAAGAGUUUGACAGUGUCUCUUUAACACUACUUGGAAUAAUAUUUAAAAUAUAUAUGUUAGGUUUAAAUGUUGCAAUAUUUUGGACAUUUAGAACUUGAUUUAUUUGUAAAAAUCCAAAUCAAUGUGUAUUACUUCAGUUUUCAGUAGAUUGGAAAAUUUAUGAAAAAUUCAGAUGGGGAGUUUUGCUCUGUAAUCUGUCAAGACUUUGCGGAUGUUAAAUAACAGUUUUCACAGAAGAAACCUUUUAUCAUGUAUAUCAUAAUAAAAGUGUUAUAAACUA